AACUAAAAUGCAUAAUACAUUUAUAAUUCCAUUUGUAGGUACGACGAAAAUAAUAGUGAAAACGAGAGUUCUACUCUAAGACCUAUCACGAAUGAUAUUGAUUUCACUCUAAGAGAAAGUUCUAAUGAUCUCGAUGUAACUCAAAAAUACAGGCAUCUCUGGGUUCAGUGCGAAAAUUGUUAUGGAUUAAAUUAUAAGAAAUUUUUUAAGUCAAAAAUGAAUAUUUGUGAACAAUGUGGAUCUCAUUUGAAAAUGAGUAGUUCAGAUAGAAUUGAACUUUCGAUUGAUCCAGGCACUUGGAAUCCUAUGGAUGAAGACAUGGUCUCUGUAGAUCCCAUUGAAUUUCAUUCAGAGGAGGAACCUUAUAAAGAUCGUAUUGACUCUUAUCAAAGAAAGACAGGAUUAACCGAGGCUGUUCAAACAGGUACAGGUCAACUAAAUGGUAUUCCCGUAGCAAUUGGAGUUAUGGAUUUUAUGUUUAUGGGAGGGAGUAUGGGAUCCGUGGUAGGAGAGAAAAUUACCCGUUUGAUCGAGUAUGCUACCAAUCAAUUUUUACCUCUUAUUCUAGUGUGUGCUUCUGGAGGAGCACGCAUGCAAGAAGGAAGUUUGAGCUUGAUGCAAAUGGCUAAAAUAUCUUCCGCUUUAUUUGAUUAUCAAUCAAAUAAAAAGUUAUUUUAUGUAUCAAUCCUUACAUCUCCUACUACUGGCGGAGUGACAGCAAGUUUUGGGAUGUUGGGAGAUAUCAUUAUUGCCGAACCAAAUGCCUACAUUGCAUUUGCAGGUAAAAGAGUAAUUGAGCAAACAUUGAAUAAGACAGUCCCUGAAGGUUCACAAGCGGCUGAAUAUUUAUUUGACAAGGGCACAAUAUGUUACACAACAUAA